AUAUAAAAUCGCACCAAAUUCUUUCUUCUGCUCAUUUCGCCGUUGCAGGAAGAGAGGCGAAGACAGCAGCAGCGGCGGAGAUGCAGAUUUUCGUUAAGACCCUCACCGGGAAGACCAUCACUCUCGAGGUCGAGAGCAGCGAUACUAUCGACAAUGUCAAGGCUAAGAUCCAGGACAAGGAAGGAAUUCCCCCGGAUCAGCAGCGUCUGAUCUUCGCCGGAAAGCAGCUCGAGGAUGGCAGGACUCUGGCUGACUACAACAUUCAGAAAGAGUCUACUCUUCACCUCGUGUUGAGGCUUCGUGGAGGAAUCAUUGAGCCUUCGUUGAUGGCUUUGGCCCGCAAAUACAACCAGGACAAGAUGAUCUGCCGCAAAUGCUAUGCCCGCCUGCACCCAAGGGCUGUUAACUGCCGGAAGAAGAAAUGCGGUCACAGCAACCAGCUGAGGCCCAAAAAGAAGAUCAAGUAAACUUUAAAAGGAGUACUUGUUUCGUGCUUUAGGGAGUCUUGUAUUCUCAUUUUGGUUUUGAAUUUGGAUUGAACAGUAUUAUGUUCGAUUUUGAAGGAAUAUAUGCAAUUUGCUCCUUUGGAUUUGGUUUAAUUUGAGCAGCCUUUAUAUAAA